AUGUCAUUCGAGUUAGUUGAACUCAGCUACCAAACCAAUCGUAAAACCCGAAUUUCAGAUUAAAUUUUAGUUGUACUGCUCAACCUUUUCACGCGGAUGCAACAUCUUCUCGAUCUCAAAAAGAUCUCAAAAUAAUUUUGUUUGGCGGCCAAACUGAAGUGGUUGAUUCGGAAGUUAUGGCAACACAUUCUGGAACAAUUUCUGGUAUUUUAUCAUGUUCUCGUCGUCCUUAUAAACCAAUUGAUAUGUCACAUUUUGAUGAGAAAGCUGUUCAUUUAGUUAUUGAUUGGAUGUAUUCUGGUGAAAUUAAUUUUUCAAUGGAUCAAAUGAGAAAUGUUCUAUCAGUUGCUUCAAAUUGGAGAGUUUCUGGACUUCAACGUCAACUUGAAGAACAUCUUGAAGCUCUUGCAUUACAUGGUCAAGCUGUUCUUGCUCUUAAUACCGCUACAGCUGACUCUUUUACUGUUUCAAAUGAUUCUAUAAAAAGUCUUGCUUUGAGUUUGCAACAAAUUAUUGGAGAUCUAUACACCAAUGAUAUCGCCGAUCUUUCAUAUAAUUCAAUAAUUGCAUUAAUGUCUUCAAAAAUUAAUGCUCGUGAGAAAGUUCCAUUGAUAAAUUUGGCUAUUUCUUGGAUGAAAUAUCAUAAAACUGAAAUUGAAGCCAAGAAAACAAUUUGUGAAAGUGUUACAUUUAUUGAUCGAGACGGUGAAACUAUUCAUGAUGUUCAACAAGGCCUCAUCUAUGUGAGAUCUAUUUUAUUAAAAAAAAACAAAAAUAUAUUUUUCAGCACACUGGAAAGAAUGACUAUAAUCGUCGUCUUGUUAUUGAUACGUUUGGGCGUCUCUCAUUCCGAGAUAGAACAAGAGUAAAUUCUUCUUCAGUUAAUAAAUUUACAAAGUAAGUGAUGAACUGGAUCAAGAAUUAGUAUUAACAAUUUUUCUAAUUAAGCUCAAAAUGGUCACUCGCACGUCCUCCACAACCUCAACCACCAGCAAGACAAAAUCCAACCUGGCAAGCAAGAGAAAAUCGUCGUGGAUUGGCAAUGGUGUCAACAUCGGAUCAAAAUGUGAACGAGGAAAAACAACAACAGCAAAAGCAACAAAACAGUGAUUACAGUACUUUUGAAUCAACAAGAUCUAGUGCUUCCACAUCAUCGUUGAGAAAUCCUCGAAAUCCAAGACGUUCGCUUUUCCGAACUCAAUCUCAACUUGAGGAUUUGCGACAAAUUCCGGAUACUUUUGAGUUGGUUUUCAUUCUUGUUCCAUCUCAUAUGUAUCUUAUAUUUCAGAAAUCCAUAUUUCCACCAAUUCCAUAAUCGCCCAAUUGAAGCAUCAAGUUCAAUCCGUGAUCAAAUUGCAAAUAUGCCAAAUCCGUUUCAAAAUUCGAACAAGAAAAAUAAGCCAGCUGUUCGCAGUCAAGAUUCUAUUUCGGAUGUUUCCAACUCUAAUCCAAAUCCUUAUAUGUAAGAAAGUAACAUAGAAAAAUGCUCAACCAAAAUAUACAUUUUUGUAGCAUAGUUGAUCCCAUUGUUGCUCCAACACGUCAAGCUUCUGAUCCGGAAAGAAUGAGUUUAGCUUCAGCUCGAAAAAUACUUCGUCAACACAAUUUGGAUCACGAAAACUUGAAUACUAUUGCUGAUCCAUUUGGACAACAACAACAACAUCAAAUUAGACGACAAAAUUCAGAUCAGGAAAAUAUAAAUGCAAUUGCUAAUCCGUUUGAUAGAAAACAAUCAUUAUCAAACUCCAAGCACAAAGUUCUAACAAAAAGUCAAACCGAAUUUUUGAAAGACGCAGAAGAUCCAUUUCAAAAUACCAAGUAAACAAUUCAUUCCAUCGUAUCUAAAUCCUUUUGAAAUUUUUCAGACCACAACGCCAAUUUUCAUUGACUGAUAGCAGCCAGAAGAAGAAAGUUUUGAUGGGACGUCGUCAAAAUUUUGAUCAAAGUGAAAUAGAACAUCUUCAAUCAAUUCCAAAUCCAUUCCAAAGUCCAUCAACUAACAAAAGUGAAAAGAAAACUCGUGAGUAAUCAUGGAAUGGAAUGAUAUUUUGAAUUUUUGAUAAAUGAAAAAUUCUUUCAGAUGCUACUAGAUCACAACGUCUCUAUCCGUGA